CCCACGCAGUAAACAAUGAUACUAACACAGAGUGCGUUUCUUGUUUAACAAUUUUCAACCAUUGCGACUAUUUUCAACGAUGUUCAAAAACCGUAAAGAUAAAUAGAAGUCACAAGUUUGUGCAGAAGAAAUUAAAAGCAUGCAAUUUGUUAUUUCCGCGGGUCUGCAUGCACCCGAGUUAUUAUGUUUAUAUACUGAUGAAUGACAACUCAUUCAAAGUACCUCGGGGGAUGUUUUUCUUUUGGAUAUGCAGGUGAAACUGUUGAUUUGGUUUAUUGUAGGCUGCCCUGCUAAUGUUACAGCUAGCCGGGGCUAUCAGUCGGGCUAACGACAUUCCGUGACAAGGGGAAAGUAAGGAGUUUGUUGACGGAGGGGAAAACAUUGCGUUUUAAUAAAACAAGUUGUACACUUGGCUUUCCCGUGUUGUUUGAAGGUCCGUGCGACGUGAAUCAGACCAGAAAACUGUUAUAAUUUACAUACUUUAAACGUGUCGGCGGCCCUUUGCUAUCCUCCGCCAUUUUGUGUGUCAGUCGAAUGCUAAUAAUGGGCGCUCGCGCAUUACACUUUAUUUAUGCUCAGAAUAAAUUCAGUCAUCACUUGAAAUACCCAAACAAACGUUUUAUAAUAAAUAGACGAGCUUUUGGGUGGUGUUUGCGGGGCGUCGUUCCUGUAUAAUUUUGAUAAAUUUUGAUUUAUGAUAAACGACAGAUCAAGAACGUUAAUACACUAUUGCCUGCUGUAUACGAAUGAAAACGUGCUUAAAUAAAGACUUUCUUCUUUGAAAACAAAUCCAUCGUGAUUACGUGCGUUUUAACUUGUCAUCACAAUUAUCCGCGCUCUUUUAAAGCUCAGAUUUAACGAGAUUCUUUUAAAACAAGGAAAAGCUGAACUUGUUCGUCUAACUUUACUUUUAAUCGCUUUCCUCCAUUAAUAACCACCAAAGUGGUUUAAGUGUGUCAGUGUGAGUUUGUAUACCUAGCUAGUCCAUAAAAAUUAUCAUCAUAACUAUGCAGAAAUACAUAUUUUUGUUCUCGUUUAAGUGCUUGUGCAAUCCGUACCUCGAGCAGCAGUCGCCCCCUAGCGGAAUUGGGUGAAACUACAAACGACGCGCGGCUAUUUCGUAAUCCCGAGUUGCGGUUGUUUCAUCAGCCGCAGUCAAAACACGAUUUUCGAGACGAGGUCGUCAUAUUUGAAUAUUGAAAACGACAGUUUUGUUUUGUUUAGUAAAACAAUGUGUGCUGAUCUACAUUUUUAAAAACACCUUAGUGAAUUUCUCAUACCCUUUUGCAAGAUGGAAAUGAUUAUGAUUAGGCCUAUGAAGACCACUGACAUCCAGACUGAGUAACGUUACAGUGAUCAUUUUUUUCAAGUCAUUUUUUUAUCAGACAGCUCUGGAUAUUCAGCAUUUUAUCUUGGUCUCGCAUUAUAUUGCGUUCGAAUAUUUCUAUACCACUCACAGCACAUGUUUGGUUCCCAAAAUGCAGUUAUUUGUAAAGCAGUGGUUCUCAACAAGGUGUCCUCAGCAGACUUCCAAGGGGACCUCAACAAUUAAAAUGCCUCAAGGCUUAAAAUAAUUUAAAACAAGCAUUAAAAUAAGAGGAAACAACAAAAAAUCAAGAUAUUGCUUAUUUUAAUUCAUCCCUCUCUUUUUUGAAGAUCCAAGAUUCCCACAGUCUUGGAAAACUUGGAUAUAUGGGGAAGUCUAAUUAUAAAAGUGUUAUUUAUAGAGCUGGAAAAGUUAUGUACAUGAUAAAAUAUUAAAAUGCCGUGUGCAUUUUUAUAUUGGAUGUACAUUUUACUAGUUAUGCCACGUUCUAGAAUAUUUUAUUGGUAAAAAUUGUGUUAAAAAAAAAAAUCUAUAAUCCAGUAAAUCAUGAAUGACUGAAAAAGUUCAUUGGUUAAACCCCAAAUAACAUUCAGCUCUUAAAACUUCUUGAGUCCUGAAAUUAAAUUAUUUAAAUUUUAAUUAUAACUAUUUUACUUUUUUAAUUUUAAGAAACUAAGAGUGUACAUAGAUUAAAAUAAGUUUUAAAAAACAUAACUAGGGCUUGGGGGCCUUCAGAUAUCGCUGUGGACAAUGAGGGGCCUUGUGUACAUUAAAGGAAAAGAUGGCAGAGACAUCUACAAGUGAUGGUCCUGCCACAGGAGCCGAUUUUGACAUGAUGAGCGCUCUUGACUGGAAAGACGGCAUAGCCACAUUGCCUGGAAGUGACAUUCGGUUUCGGAUGACUGAAUUUGGCACCCUGGAGAUUGUCACAGAGGUGGAGCCCAAAGUUAAAGAGGCGGAGCUUACAGGCCCACAGCCUCAAACUACAAGCACCAACAACAGUCAUUCCGCUGAGCAAAACAAAACUUCAAAUCAGACUGCAAAGCCUCAGUCGAAUACAGACCUUCAGACAAAUGCUGUGGUUUCCACUGACCCCCACAGGCAGGCCGGGGGCAACAACACUAGGAGCCCCAGCACUGUGGAAAGCCCCAGCGUGAGUACAGUGCCCAAUGCCAUUGUUCCCAUCACUGAGGCGACUGCAAACUGCAGGUCCUGUGGUCUCUCUGGUUCACAGGAGUCUUUCCUACAGGGCAAAUUUUGCAGCGCUCCUUGUGUGCAGCCCACCAGUGGCAGGUCAACCCCAGCUGAGGCAUUUGAAGGAGAGCGUUUAGGUAAACGUGUGAGAAAGAAGAAGAAGAUGUUCAUGGAAUCUGGAGAUGAAGAGGAGGACAACAUAGAGGAGGAAGAGGAGAAAGUUAAAUCCUCGAAGGGAAGACGAGCGGCUAAAGUUGCUAGACUAGUGACAGCACCUCCUGUUAAGAAGAAAACCUGGAGUUGGUCAGCUUAUCUGGAGGAGGAGAGAGCCAUUGCCGCUCCCUUGAAACUUUUUAAGGAGCACCAGUCUUUUCCUCAGAGCAGGAAUGGAUUUAAAGUUGGCAUGAAGUUAGAGGGACUGGACCCCUGUCACCCUGCUCUUUUCUGUGUUUUGACUGUUGCAGAGGUGCAAGGCUACAGGAUUCGGCUUCACUUUGAUGGUUACCCUGAGUGCUAUGACUUCUGGGUAAAUGCUGACUCAUGGGAUGUGAAGCCGCCGGGCUGGUGUGAAAAAACCGGCCUCAAGCUAUUGCUUCCAAAAGGUUGCAGAGAUGGAGAGUUUAACUGGAACACAUAUGUAAAGAACUGUAGGGGUCAACUGGCCCCCAAACAUCUCUUUAAGAGUCUUAAUACAUCAGUCACACCAUCAGGAUUCCGUGCAGGAAUGAAGCUGGAAGCCGUGGACAGGAAGAACCCGUCACUCAUCUGCGUAGCAACCAUUGCUGCUGCUGUCGACAACCGGCUCCUCAUUCACUUUGACAACUGGGAUGAUACAUAUGAUUAUUGGUGUGAUGCCAGCAGUCCUUACAUUCAUCCAGUAGGGUACUGUGAGGAGGCGGAGUUAACGCUCACCACUCCUGCAGGUCAGGCUCUAAAGUAUAAGCAACCGAAGAGUUUUUCUUGGGAAAAGUACCUUGAAGAAACUGGAACCCAAGCGGCACCAGCCAGAGCCUUUAAACAGAGACCACCACAUGGCUUCCAAGUUGGGAUGAAGCUGGAGGCAGUGGACAAACGUAAUGCCGUGCUCAUCCGUGUCGCCACCAUCUCUGAUACAGAAGACCACAGAAUUAAGAUCCAUUUUGAUGGCUGGAGUGAGGAGUAUGAUUAUUGGCUAGAUGCCGAUAGCCCAGAACUGCACCCAGUAGGCUGGUGUCAAAAAACAGGUCAUCCUCUACAACACCCCAACGGUCCCAGAGAUUCUCCAGUCCCCCCAGGACAAGGCUGCCCUACCCCAGGAUGCAAUGGAGUCGGACACAUUCGAGGACCUCGGUAUGGGACACACUACACGGCGGUGAGUUGUCCAUACUCGGAUCUGAAUUUGAAUAAGGAUGGGUUGGUUCCGGACAGACUGAGCGGGGAGAGGCCGGUCACGCUCAGUGGACCCCCCCGCCACCGCCGUGCUGAAACACUCACUCAGACGCACCCUCCCACACUCAGCGCCAGCACCCCAGACCCCCCUGACACCACCACAGACACCUGUCCACAAGCUCGGCCAGUGCGUGAGCACAUUGUAUCUGCCAGCGCUCCCAAAUGUGUCAAGCCACCCCAAGUGAAGCAGGAAAGUGAUGGGAAAGAUUCUCUUCAGCAGUUCCUGCAUGAGUCUGUGUUUUGUGGAUGGGAGCCACCAAGGUUUCAGCUGUGUUGGGAAAAGCAUGGCAAACUGCUGCCUGAAGCUUUGGGCCUCACCGCCAAGAGAGUGGCAAAGUGGAACACAGAAGAGGUUGCAAGUUUUGUAAGAGGGCUGCCUGGCUGCAGAGAGCAUGCUGCCACCUUCAGGAAGGAGCAAAUUGAUGGCGAGGCCUUCCUGCUCCUUACUCAGUCAGACAUCGUUAAGAUCCUGAGCAUCAAGCUCGGCCCCGCUCUCAAAAUUUAUAACUCUAUCCUCAUGCUGAAGAGUGCAGAUGAAGAGUAGGCACCUCAAAGCAACUGCUGCUCCAUCAAACAACAUGUUUGAAAGUUGCUCUUGCCUCCACCGAUGUGUCCAGCAGACUGACAAAUGAUUGUCUCAAUCAUUGGUCUCAUUUAUGACUGACGGACAUUGAAAAUCAGCCGAUCCAACAAACUGUGUGUGAUCGGAAAAAUCACAUCUCUUAAGGCUGAUAAAUAUUUGACGUCUCCCCUCCUCCCACUCUGCACUCGCUCUAUAUUAGGUCUGAUAUUCUCUUUUGAAACAGAUCAUUUGAUUCAUAUUAGACUCUGGGAGACGUGACUACACUAUACUGAGGCACCUUAAAAUGUUGAAAGCUUAAACUGGAUUGUUUCGUUGUUGAUAUUUAUGCUUUUAUGGUUGCUAAAAUGCCAGCUAAUUGCAUUUGGUGCCAGAGGCACGAUUGAAAGGCAUGAUGGUGGAGCUUUUACUUGAAAUGUAAUUUUUAUUUUAAAAAAAUGCAAAAGACCUUUGUUUGUAAUUGAACACACAUCCCAAAUAAUCCAGAUUAGCCUGUUUGAGACCACUAGAGGGCAGCAGGAUUCGGUAUGUGUGUGCGCGAAUGUGCGAGUGUGACUUUUGCAAGCAUGCGUGUGUGUGAGAAAAAUGUAUAAAAGUGUGCUUGCAUCUAAUGUCAGGGAAUUCUUGCUCUGGGCUAAUCUGGAAUUGAAUGUCUCAGUUUGUAUUUACUUCAGAUGAAAUGUGUAAUCUUGUAAAAUGCAUUUGUAAAUUGAAGAAUCUGUAUAGUGAAUUGGACAGUGUGCUGACUCAGUAGACACUGCAAAUAGAAUUAGACAUAGAAAUGAGCGGGUGUGUGUGAGUGUGUAUUUUAAGCUUCUGAGACCCUGACAUUUCACCUUGUACAAGCAUUCCUGAGUACUAAGUUCCGUCAUUCACAGAGCGAAAGCUUUUUGUUCAUCUGUGACCUGCUGUAUAAUACAGCUGUAAUUCUCAGCUCUGCUACAACUGAUUUUACUCAGCCAUGUUGGAAUCACUUCGCUGUCAUGCAUGGUUUGGUUUUUGCAGUGCUUCACAAAAUUGUCAUUAUACGCACACGCAGGUUCUUCUUAUAGCAUUAGGCCGGAUAACAGAUCCAGUUGGGGUCGGAAACUGGAGAAGAAGUGGAAUGUGGUUGUACUGAAGCUAAAAUACUAAAUAAAAAUAGAUAAUAGUCUGCAGAUUAUUGUGAUUGCAAAGGCAUUUGGAUGGUGAUGGAAAAUCAAGAUUUAAAGAAAAUCCUCAUCACAGUGUUAUGGGUCAAGGAUGAGUUUGUAUCAGAUUUUGAUUGUUUUCUUUGGUUUGUGUGUGUGUGUGUGUGUGUGUGUGUGUGUUUGUAGAUUAAAUGUCUCUCUAAGCAGACUGUUUAUGUGUGACAGAUUGUGUUUCUGAGUUUCAGUCCCAAAUGGAUGAAUGGAUAGAGCGACGGAGAAUAAAUAUGAAUUUCAAAGAGAA